AUGUGCAAACAGCUGAUUUCAGUUGGAUGUACCACUGAGAAGCUGCAGAAAGUUGUGAGCUCGUUCAGCUUCAUCAAGGGCUUGAGCCUUCAAGGUAACGAUGAUAUCAAAGUGGUCUGUGGAACACAAGAUGUUCAGCUGUCAAUCUUUUUGUGCCCAAUUUACUUUGCUGGUUAUAAUGAAAGUCAGGUGGCUUUAAACAACCACAAAGAAAAUUCAAAUUGCCAUGGAACGGUGGAUGCAUCAACUUCUCCUCCUGUUCUUAAGUUCUCAUUUCCCAUCAGUGAUGUUAACUCUACAUCUUGUGGAAACAAACUGACGAUCACCAGUACUCAAGGAACAGGUGUUUUUAAAGAUUUUUCAAACAUCCAAUUUGUCAAUAUCAGCGGUAUGAUAGAAACCAAUGAUCCAGUAACAAAUGUCAUAACGUACAAUCAGGAAUUGGUGUAUUUGUAUUCCUGCUCCUACCCUUUGGAAUACUUUCUGAAUGAUACCAGGCUGCAGGUUGCAGGAGUAAGCAUAGCCAUCAAGGACAAUAAUGGUACCUUCAGCAGCACCCUCACACUUCAACUUUACAGUGACGCUGAUUAUACAAAUUCUUUGAUCAUUCCAGACAAAGGACUCAACUUGAAAACCAAGAUUUACGUAGAAGUAAAAGCUGUCAAUUUAACAAAUAAGUUCAAUGUGCUUCUUGAUCGUUGCUAUGCAUCAACUUCACUAUUUCAUUUAAAUUCUUCCCAAACCUACGACCUCUUCAUUGGAUGCAAUAGAGAACCACAGACCAACAUCAUGUCAAAUGGAAAGGAUCAGUCUGCGAGAUUCUAUUUUGAAGCAUUCCGCUUCACUGAGCACCGAGACCUGGCUGUUUCUACCUUCUACCUACAUUGCAUUACACGUCUCUGUGCCAAGGCUGCUUGCAGUGAAUUUAAUAAAUGUGGAAGGAGAAAACGAGAAGCCCCAGUCACACUCACUACUCCAGCACCCGAGGAAUUGUCCAAACCUUCAGUAAUUAGUUCCAAGCCUGUCUUGACCAAGAAUGAUAAUGUGGUGAACACAAAUGAUGUUUCAGCAUCAGCUUUAGCUGCUCGACAGGCCUUAAGUGUGUACACUGGCUUUGGAGUAGGAUUGGGAAUCUUAGCUGUAACCUGCAUUGUCAUGAUUGCAACAGGUAUACUACUGUAUCGAAGAUUCCAGAAAAAAAGCACCUUAAAAUAA